CGAUCCAUAAAUACGUCAUUGACAAUGCAUCUAACGCAACUGUUACAACGUUCAAACAAGCCAAGAGGUUUGCGUGUAUGCGUCAUACGGCUCAAAUCUUAUUAGUACGCCUACGAACAAAAUCCUAUUAGCCGCUCGUAUUCUGCAGGAAACCUCACAUGUUACCCCCAUAUAUAAGCGAAAUUUCCUGUACACAUUUAUUUCUGGUGGACACCUCAAAACCUACACUCCAAUAUAUUCAAACUAACAACUUGAAUAUUGUAUUGUCCUCUCAAUUCCAAACGUUUUUUCCAUUUACUUGGCCUUCUUUACCGAAACCAACAAAAUGUUGGACUACUUUUCUUUGGCUUUUGUGGUUGCCGUAAAAGUUUUCAAGAAAACUACUCCAAAUGGCAAAGUCACGGUUUACCUUGGCAAGCGUGACUUCAUUGAUCAUAUGGAUUACUGCGAUCCCGUCGAUGGAGUUGUGGUGGUGGAUACCGAAUAUCUGAAAGGAAGAAAAGUUUACAGUCAGCUCGUUACGACGUACCGCUACGGUAGGGAGGAAGAUGAAGUGAUGGGAUUGAAGUUUUCCAAGGAGAUGGUGAUAGGCCAGGACCAAGUCGUGCCUAUGAUCAACUCCAAAAUGGAACUGACACCUGUGCAGGAGAAGCUGCUUAAGAAGCUUGGACCUCAUGCCUAUCCUUUCACCUUCAACUUCCCUGACUUGGCCCCAAGCUCGGUGACUCUGCAACCCGCCGAAGAAGAUCAAGGCAAGCCUAUGGGCGUCGAAUACUGCGUGCGCACUUACGUCGCCGAGCAGGAAGACCAAAAGAGCCACAAGAGGAGCUCAGUGACUCUUGCCAUUAAGAAGCUGCAACAUGCCCCCGCCUCUCGUGGACGCAGACUCCCUAGCUCUCUCGUCAGCAAAGGUUUCACCUUCAGCAACGGCAAGAUCAACCUCGAAGUGACCUUGGAUCGCGAGAUUUACUACCAUGGAGAGAAGAUCGCUGCCAACGUCAUUGUUUCCAACAACUCUAGGAAGUCUGUUCGCAACAUCCGCGCCAUGGUUGUGCAGCACGUUGAGAUCACGAUGAUCAAUUCUCAAUUCAGUCGCCAUGUUGCCUCCCUUGAGAGCCGUGAAGGAUGCCCUGUUACUCCUGGAGCUAGUCUCUCCAAAACCUUCUACUUGGUGCCACUGGCCCGCAGCAAUAAGGACAUUCGUGGUGUGGCUCUUGACGGCCACCUGAAGGAAGACGAUGUGAACUUGGCCAGCUCUACUCUCGUGCCUGAUGGCAAAUGCCCAGCUGAUGCCAUUGGUAUCGUGAUCUCUUACUCCGUGCGUGUCAAGCUGAACUGCGGCACUCUGGGAGGAGAGCUGGUCACCGACGUGCCGUUCAAACUACUCCACCCAGCUGAAGGAACUAUUGAACGUCAACGCUUCAACGCUAUGAAGAAAAUGCAAUCUAUUGAACGACACCGUUAUGAGAACUCUCUUUACACCAACGAGGAGGAAGAUAACAUUGUGUUUGAGGACUUCGCCCGUCUUAGGAUGAACGAGCCUGAGUAAAUACUUUCGUAAAACUCAUACACAAAAAAAAACAGAAAAAUUAAAAAUAAAAUACAAAAAAAAAUUGGGAAUCAAGCAAGUUAUACCAAAGUACUUCAUGUGCUAAGUCAUUAACAUCAGACGGUUAAUAAAAAUCGAGGUCCAUACCACACGAUCGUGUCUUACUAUACUUAAACGUCAUUUUAAUCAGAUGUUGUAUUCAAUCACUCAAUUUUAUUCUAAAAGUAGAUAAACAAUCAUAUAUUUAGAACACAUUGUAAUCUCGUGUUCAAAAUUUAGUAUAAAGAAAUAUGUGUACCUUCCUGUAAUCCUGUUAUUAGAAAAUAAACUUCACCAGAAAUCUUUGAAUUUUCUUUCACCUUGACUUCACUAUUCUAAUGAUAUGAAGUAUCCACUACCACGUCUAAUACACCACUGACGUAAGAUCAAAGGUAGGAUCUAAGUUGUAUACUUUUUUGCAUAUUCUAUUGUUACUCGAUUAAAAAGGGUUUUGAUUUCCCCGCCCUAUUUGGCACCCCAUGCAUAUGAUUACAACAACGAUUAUGCAAAGGCGUUGUAGUUGUCAGCCACUGUCCGGUCGUGUUUCGUGUGUCGUCAUUUGAAAAGAUUUUUUUCUGUAAAAUUGUUAUUUGU